UAUGGAGGAAAAUGACUCAAAUACAAGUCAGAAUCCCGAACUUAGUUCACGAGUUUUUAUAAAUAAGAAACCUUAUUUUGCAAAAUUAAGCAAUGAAACAUUAUCUUGGUGCAAGUGUGAAACAAGUGCUACAAAGAAAGAUCAUUUUCACCAUUGCCAUGUUUUAAAAUUAAAACGAGUGUUGGCUAUUGUACCUAAUGUGAAGCAAGAAACUGGCGUUCAUCCAAACGACAUUGAACUAAACACAAUCAGUCCAGUCAAUCAUUAUCGUUCUUUUCAUCUUCAUAUUGUCAUCAAAAAAGGAAAUCAUAAAUGGCAACAUAGAAAGGUUUUGUUUGAAUGUCCAUCUGUUGAUGUGGGCAGUAAAUGGUUUUCUAGAAUACAAGAUAUUUUAACAGAUUUUAAAAGACCCAAAAAACUUCUGAUCUUUGUCAACCCGUAUGGCGGAAAGAAACAAGCUCCAAAGAUUUUUAGAAAUAAAGUGGAACCUUUAUUUCAUUUAGCAAAGAUAGACAUGGAAGUUGUUGAAACAACAAGAGCAGAUCAUGCCAAAGAUUUUAUUACAAGUGAACCUGACCUGACAGAAUAUGAUGGCAUAAUAUCUGUUGGUGGUGAUGGAAUGUUCAGUGAGAUUUUGAAUGGUAUUUUAAUGCGCAAAAACAAACAUGCAUCUUCCUCAACAGAAUUUAAUCCAGAGAAACCUGAAAUUAAACUUGGAAUAAUACCUGCUGGUUCAACAGAUUGUGUGUGUUACUGUACAACUGGAUGUAUUGAUGCCGUAACCUCAGCCUUACAGAUCAUAACUGGAGAGGAUCAACCGUUAGACAUUUCAUCCAUUCAUAGUGGCAGCGAAUUAUUGAGAUAUUCUGUUUCGUUUGCUGGCUAUGGUUUCUUCGGGGAUGUGAUGAAGGACAGUGAAAAGUUACGAUGGGCUGGUGUGAAACGAUACGAUAUUUCUGGUGCUAAGAUAUUUCUUGCUAAUAGGUUUUAUGAAGGAGAGUUGUCUUACUUAAUUAGUUCAGACGCACAAGGACAUCCCCAAGAUAAAAAUAAAUGUAGAACUGGUUGCAGUGUUUGUUUUCCUCCACAGAACCCAUCGUUUGGUAAACUAGUACCAGAAGAGACGUCAGGCUGGCACAGUAUAACUGGGCGUUUUAUUAGUGUAAUGGGAGCAACAAAUUGCUGUGCAAAUAAAAAAAGUCCGGAGGGAAUAUCACCCAGUGCCCAUCUUGCUGACGGCUGCAUUGAUCUCGUUGUUGUGCGUCACACGUCACGUGUUCGAUAUUUACAUCACAUGAUACGUUUAGCGGGAAGGGCUGAUCACAUGGAUUUUGAUUUCGUGGAAGUACAUCGUGUCAAAGAGUUUUCAUUUCGUCCAGUGUCGUCUGCGGUCAGUGAAGAUGAUGAAUCAGAAACGGGGGCUAGUUCAAGCAGGCAGGAAUGUGGCGGAGAAUUAACACGACGAACACAGAGAACACAGAGGAGAGGAAAGGAAAGGUCGCAAUCACGUCAUAGUGUAUGGAAUGUAGAUGGUGAAAUUAUUGACGAGCCCGCAAUACAUGUAAGAGUUCAUCGACAGUUAGUGACACUGUUUGCGUAUGGUAUAGAGGAAUGCGAGAAAAUGGCGACCUGCUCAGUUUGUCGAACUAGUUAAUGAACCUCGAGAAACAGUCAGUUAUUAAAUUGUCAUUCUACGGUCGUAUAUAAAAUGUAAAAAAUAUUCCCUAAAUUUGCUGAGAAUCUUUACUGAACAGCCAUCUGUGUAAGCCUAGAGAAAUUUGUUUCCCUUCUUGACAGUAAGAUCUUAAAAAAUAUCUCCUAAGACUCCUAUGAAAAUCAACACUCAGACCACGUUUCUCGAUAAUUAUCGGUCGCUUAUAUUUAUAAUUGUAGUUUUAAAGCAAAUCUCAGAAAUCAGAAAUAU